UUUCCGCCUUUCGUGUUAGGUUAGGUUAUGUUUAUAACUUUCUAGGCAAAACCUAAACUUAAGUUAAUCUUAUUUAUUUAUACUUUUCAGUUCAGUAAGAUGGAAUCUUCAAAUGCAAUUGCAACGAAAGAAUACCUAAAGAAAUAUCUAUCAGGGGAAGGCAAGAAGAAAAAGGUUACUGGAACUGGAGCUAAUAUUAAAAGGUCAGUAAUCGUAGAUGAUGAUAUAGAUCUGAAGAGUAUGCGUCCUCUGGAAGAUGACGAAGUUGAGUUGUAUCAGAUGGACGAAGAUGCUCCUCAGAUUGCUGGCAUCAUAGAUGAGAGACCUGCCGAAGUUAAAGCUCAAGAAUAUUACAGCUCAAAAAGAUGGAAAGUUUUUGGCGAAGAAGGUGAUGUGAAGGUUGUUGAUAAUAAUGACAGAGUAUCUAAAGCAUUGAAAGCCAUGAAUGACCUUAACAAUCUUUCUGGUGGUGAAAAAAUGGAUACGAAAAAUCGAGUUAGAAUGCCUAAGUCAACAGAAAAAUAUGAUGUAGAUGGAAGUAGUAUCCAUACUUCUGGUAAACACAAGUAUGACAAAUCGGAUUCAUCUCUGGAUAAAAAUCGCCUGAAAAAAUACCACACCAAUAGUGAUUCAGACGAAUCCCCACCAAGAGGUAAAACUGUGAAAAAUUCUCUACAAAAUGAUGAUUCAGAUGUUUCCCCUCCCAGAAAACACAAAAGGCAUUCAAGCAGUGAUUCAGAUGCUUCUCCACCUAGAAAAAAAUAUGAUAAAGAUUCAGACGAGUCUCCGCCAAGAAUAGUUCCUAGUCAAAAACUCUCAAAAAGCUCUAGUAAGUAUGAUGUAAGAGGUAAUAAAGUUGGUAGGAACAGAAGUUAUUCCAAUUCACCACCAAGAAACAAUACAAAAAAGCAAACAUACAAAAGGGAUUCAUACAUUUCCCCAUCGAGAAGAAGAAGAAGAGAUUCAGAUGGUUCUCCUUCUCGUGUUAAGGAUAAGUACAGAACACAUAAUUAUAAAUAUUCACCUGUUAGAAAAGACAAUCGAUCGUACAAGCAGGAAAAAUCUGAUUCUGAUGCCUCUCCACCGAGAAAAUCAGACAAACAUUUAAAUGUAAAAUCAAAGGGAAAUAGAAGAAGACCAUCAAGCAAUUCGGAUAACUCACCUCCUCGUAGAGAAAGAUCAUCUAAAAGAAGACCUACUAGUGAUUCAGAUAACUCACCCCCUCGGAGAGAAAGAAGAUCACCUAAAAAUCAAAGGAGAAGGAAGUCUAGAAGUAGAUCACCGAAUGAGAAACAUAGGAAAUCAUAUAGGAGUAUAUCCCCAAAGCAUUCAAGAACUGGUGUUAUUACAAAGAACAACACAGUAGAAGUUAGUGAUUCUGAUGAUUCACCUGUGAGAAGAAAAAACACUAGUAAGGGAAGUGAUUCUGACCUGUCACCUCCCAGAAAAAACUCCUCAGUAAAUGAUAGACCAAUUAAAAAGAAGUUGUACAAGCCUAAUGAUGACUCGUCCGACGAAGGAUCUUCAAAGUCAAAAAAUAAGAAGAUGAAGACUACAUUAGAUGGAAAACAAGCAGGUCUUCAAGAUGCUAAACAACUCAAAAAGGAGCUGUCUGAUUUGAAGAUGAAGGAAGACACCAUGUUUGCUAAGAUGGAUGCGAGUGUUUCCGGAGUUGGUGCAGCUCCAGUGAAACGAGAUAGGAAGACAGGUCAAAUUAGAGAUUUAGAAAAAGAAAAGGAAGCUCAGAAGGAGAAAGAAGCCAAAGAGUCUGUGGUAAACGAAAAAUACUAUAAGUGGGGCAAAGGAAUCAAACAGACAGAAGACGCAGCUGCAAGGGCUGCUGAGAUGAUUAAAGAGAUGAACAAGCCUUUGGCUCGCUACAAGGACGACACAGACCUGGACGAGUUCCUCAAAGCACAGGACAGAGAGGGAGACCCCAUGUUGGACUAUAUCAAGAGGAAGCAAACUGAAUCAACGUCGUUGCAAGGAGAAAAACCAAUUUACAAAGGCUCUUGGAAUCCUAACCGAUUCAACAUAAGGCCAGGCUACCGGUGGGAUGGCGUUGUACGAUCUAACGGCUACGAACAGGAGUGGUUCAAGACAAAGAACGCAAAGAAGGCACGGGAUGAAGAAGCAUACAAAUGGAGCACUUCGGACAUGUAAUUUGAUGCCAAAGGUUGACAUGUCUCAAAGAACUGUUUUUUAUAAUACUAACCUAGAGGGUUAGUAGUACAGUAACUGCCACAAUUUCUAGGCAGAAGAAAAUGUUACCUUUUGCUUUAUGUUGUACCAAAAUGAUCUUGUAAAGUAUUUAUAUUUAGCGUGUGUUUAUAUUUAGUUCCAGUGUAAAUAUAUACUUAAUACCUUGUUUGUAAAAAUAUCUUAUAUCAUUUCUGUAAAUAGUAUGACUUACAUUUAUCAACUUGUUCUUUGUAAAUACUGUUUAUUAAUAACAUAAUAUUUUUAGACCAAGUUCAUUGUGUGAAUUAAUAAAUACGCUUUUUAUUUAAA